AUGACAGUGAGUGUUGAGAACGAGGCGUAUCCAAUACGGAAAGAACCUACAGUUACACCGUCGUUUAUCACAACGCUUAAUGAAGAUGGUGAAAAUGACGUCUACGACGAAUGUGAUCAUUCUGCAGUCAAAUCAGAACAGAAAUCAAGUGCAAAGCUGCAAAGUUCUGAAGACUUAUUGGUUAUACCAAGUUCUCAUGGAAUACCACAUAUUUUUGGGAAUUCAUCGCUUACAAGACAAAAAAGUGUUCUUUUGCCAUCAAUGAAAUCUAAUUUAGAGAAAAUUCGAUUUCCAUCAGUUGACAGAAUUGCGUCCACAGGCACCAAUAAUAAACGCCAUUCAAGGAGUUCAACAUCUACAUGUUCAAGCUAUCGAAGUACUGUCAGCAGUAUCACUCGAUUCGACAUCGACGAAAUAAUAUUUUCACUUCGUGAGAAAGCGCGUCACAACUUUCGUGAAUUACGUCACAAUUUCAUCAUAAAUGAUCCUAUGGGAGUUGGAAAUAUACGAAGAGAAGCACUAAGUCGUGUAUUAACACGUUUGUUAUAUUGGCCGGUUAAACAGAAAUAUGUUAUCCAACUACUCAGCCAACUCGGUUUCCCCAGAAGUAAAGAGAUUAUCAGCUUUACAGAAUUUUAUGCUGCAUUGAACCCACGAAAUGCUGAUGACUGUAGUCCACUUUUACUGACAAAAGAGAAUACUAUCGGCGGAAAAGAAUUCUCAUCAAAUAACAAUAAUAAACAACUUGUUCCCUUGUCACAAGUGAAUACCAAUCAGGUUAAUGGUCAUAGUAACAAUAGUAACAAUAUACUUGCAUUACGAACACCUUCUGAUGAAUUAAUCCCUAAUAGUACAAAACAGGAAAGUAGUCAGAAUUGGUCGUUUAUUACAGAAUUACCUCCACAGUACAGUACAGCUAGACCUAGUCUGUUAGCUCAUCAAGUUAUGGGAAUUCUUCGACAGAAUUUAAUCAAAGGGUCACUGCAAUUAGACAAUCUAUUCAACGUGAAUAAUUAUGAUGGAGAAAAUCAAUUAAUUCAUCGGAAUGAAUUUUUCCAAAAAUUAUCCCAGCUUGGAUUACAUAUGUCCAAUAGUGAAUUUAUAAAAUUCUGGAAAAGAUUUAAUCCAAAAAAUGAGUCAAGUAUACCAAUUGAAUAUUUUCUACAGCAUAUGAAUUUGAUUAGUAAUCGCAAUAAUGAAUUACAAUCGAAAAAUACACUUUUAGCAAUCACCAAUGUUGACGCAACACCACCGAAUCAAUCGCAAUUACUAUCAGCCACCGAUAUUAUUUCAAAUUUAAAUCGAAAAUUUCGUAAAGGAUAUCGUAAAGCAUUAAAGGCUAUUGAAAUUUGUACUAAAAAUUAUAUCAGUAAUUUGGAGCGGAAUUCAAAUUCUUUACAAAAUAACAAUAAUUUUAAACUGCCUGAAGGUUUUACAAAUGCAGAUAUCUUUUUAGAAGUUUUAAAGUAUUUAAAACUGCCUAUUUUAGAGAAAAUACAAUUAGGAAAAUUUUUUUCACGUUAUGGAUUAACAGUUACUAAUAACAGUUUAUUACCAUAUGCUGAAUUAUUUCGACGAUUUCAAGAUCGUUCAGAAGCAGGUGUUGUGCACCAGUUGUUAACAGAUACACUGAUCUCAAAGAAAGUGUCGUCUUCUGAAAGAGAUGAAAAUAUUAUCAAGCUUGAACGUGAAAUGACUCGGAAAUUUCAUAGGGAUUUUUUAACACUACUUAAUACACUCAGAAAUUUUGAUCCAAAUCGUUCAGGUAUUGUUAGUCCAUCAAAUUUUCGUAUAAUUUUAUUCAAUCAUUAUGGAUAUGAAUUCAGCGAUGAAAAGUUUAAAGAAUUCCUUGACCAUUUACCAUUAGACUUAGACGGAAAUAUAAAAUAUGCUGAAUUUAUGCGACAGUUUGAUUCUAAAAUCAAAACAUCAGAACCAUCUUUCGAGAAACAAUCCAUCAAAAACCAUGAAGUCAAAAGUCCUCAGAUUUCAUCGAAUCUUAAAUCGGAUAACAAACCCACAAAUGAUUCGUCAACUGAUCAUAUCGAGUCUGAAUCGACCAGCAGAUCUCAAACAACAUCGACUGAUACUAAACUUCAUCAUCGUACAAUGAGUGAAUUAAAACAAAUUAUUCAAGAAGUAUUGAAAUCAAAACCUCGGGAAAUUGAGAAACGUUUUUAUGAAUUAGAUGAAUAUAAUUCAGGCAAAUUAACACAAGAACAAUUAUAUCAAUUACUUAAACUCUCCAAUAUUGAACCAGAAAUAACACGUGGUGAAAUAAGACAACUUUGGCCAGAAUUCUUUGUUGAUCGAAAGCAUUGUCUAUCAUUUCAUGAAUUUAUACGACACUUUUUAUAUCGUAAAUCAGAUGCUGCCUAUCCAAAUGCAAAGCUGGUUCCACCAAGAUUAGGCGACGCUGAUCUAAUGCCAUGUUCAAAUAAGCUGAAUGGUGUCACUUGCUUGAUCAAAGAUUCAUUGCGUGCAAAAAUAGAUUUUAUGUUUGAUCGGUUGUAUAAAGAGUUUAUUGAAAUGGAUCCCAAGGGGACAGGUUUUAUUACACAUAAUCAAUUGAUUGAAGUGUUAACAGAAUUAUGCCUGCAAGUAUCCGAUAGAGAAUUAGACGACUUAAUUGAGAAAUUUGAUAUACACAAAAAUGGAAAGAUAUCUUAUCUUGCUUUAUUACAACCAUUUGUAAGGAAUCGUUUAGUCAAAUCAAAUUUAGACAAUAAAAAAUCAAUAAAUUCACUGACCAAUCAAAUAUUACGCGGAAAUCAAUUGAAUCAAAUCAAUUCACCACUAUUGCCUAUUUUAAAUGAAGUUAAACCAAAAGUACCGUUAUCUCGUUUGAACUGGAGUAAAAUGCGUCGGACAAUGCAACAAGCUGAUAAAACAGGCUGUGGUCGACUAGAUGCACCAGUCUUUAGAGAUAUUUAUCAAAAUGCUACAGGUGUUCGACUGACAGAUGAACAAGUUUAUCAACUGUUAACAAAACUUGAUCCUGAUGUAUCUGGUACGCUGCCUUAUAUACGCUUACUUGAAGAUACACAAGCUAUUUGCAGCUGUAAGGAGGAUGAAGCAAGUCAGAUGAAGAUGUCUGGGGUGGAUAAUGAUGAUGACGGCGACGACAACGACGUUGAUGAAACGACAGAAGAGAAUCGUAGGAACAAUAAAAUAGUCAAUCAUUCAUAA